AUGCUAGGAAGCGCAAGUCUUUUCGGACUUCUAUCUGCUGUACUUUACACUAGUUUCUCUCCUGUUCCCGUCGAUGCUCUGAACAAUGGUGUAGGAAAGCUUCCUGCUUUAGGAUACAACACAUGGAAUGCUUAUGGCUGUAAUAUCGACGAAGACCUCGUCCUCGAAUCCGCUCAGUUAAUGGUCUCUCUUGGUCUCCAAGCCGUCGGGUACGAAUACGUCAACAUUGACGACUGCUACGCGGAGAAGAACCGCAGUGCGAGUGGAGAUAUUGUAGCCGAUUCGGUCCGCUUCGCACACGGGAUGAAGAACCUCACGGAUCAGAUACAUGAAUUAGGAUUUAAAACCGGAAUAUACAGCGAUUCCGGAUGGUUCACCUGCGGUGGUUAUCCAGGUUCCUUCCAGAACGAACUUCGCGAUGCUACGACUUUCCAAGAUUGGGGCUUCGAUUAUCUGAAAUUCGACAAUUGCGCGAUCCCAUUCGACGACAUUAUUCGCGAAGGCAUGAUAGGCAAAUACACACGUAUGUCCGAUGCUUUGGCCCAGCUUUCCCAAAGCUCUGGACAACCGCCAUUCCUGUUUUCGCUUUGUCAGUGGGGUUGGGUUACUGGCGAUAUUGCACCGGAGUGGGACUCUCUAGCGCUUAUCAUCAACUUUAACUCAUUCAUCACCCAAGCCACGGACUUUUAUGGACACAAUGACAUGGAUAUGUUACAAUUAGGAAAUGGAGGACUUACUUUUGAUGAGGCCAAGUCUCAUUUCACAGCGUGGGCAUUGAUGAAAUCGCCUCUUCUUGUAGGUGCCUCUGCGAUCGGGACCAAUUUAUCUGCUAUUACACCCGACAUACUUGGAAUUCUCACUAACACGGAAAUCCUCGCUAUCAACCAAGAUUCUGUUGUCGGCAAAUCAAUCUCACCAUUCAGGUGGGGGAUUAAUCCCGACUGGACAAGCAAUUCCACCUCCCCAGCUCAGUAUUACAGCGGUCCUUCUGAAAAUGGAACUGUUUUCAUGCUUUUGAACACCCUCAACGAGACGUCUGACAUGUUUUUCAAUCUUACUGAAUCUCCCUGGAUCAGAGCCGGAAGACAAUACUCUGUUCGCGAUCUAUGGACUCAUACUGACAACGGUACCGCUGUACGCAACUUCACCGCGGUCGAUGUCCCGCCUCAUGGUGUAGUCGCACUAUUGCUCAACGAUGCAGGAGACGAACCCGCGGGCAUUUUCCCUCCCUGUGCGGUGUGGUUCAACUGCGCAUAUGAAAAUGGCACAGCUGCCAACUGA